AUGUCUGUAGCUCCAACAAAAGUUAAAUUCUUCUUUGGCAAAAACUGCACUGGUGAAUCAUUCGAGUAUGAUGAAGGUGAAACUGUAAGAUUCAACUAUGGUGAUGAAUGGAAUGAUAAAUUCAUGUCAUGUAUUGUCGGUGCAAGUGUCAAAUGUAACAUUUGGGAACACAAUGAAAUUGAUACCCCAACUCCAGGUAAAUAUGAACAAUUAGCUCAAGGUAGCACCAACAAUGAUUUAACCUCAAUUAAUGGUUUAUCUAAGUUCCAAGUCAUCCCAGGUGAUUUCCAAUGGGCAGUUGAUGUUAAGAUUGUUGAUAAUAUUGCAAAUACACCAGUCGGAUCAUAUGAAAUGACCUUAAUUCCAUUUGGUGUCCCACAAGUUGUUUGCCGUGAUGGAGAUGAUUUCGUUCAAAUGCCAAUUCCACAACUCUCACCAGCUGAUUCAGAAAUUGUUACUCAAGUUGCUGUGCGUGAUACUAGAACCGGUGUAUAUGUUGCAAAUGGUAGUUGUUAUUUCAAAUAUGAUCCAUCAACUGGUCAAGUUUCAAUUAGAAAACCAGUAGAAACUUUCCCACCAAAUAUGGAUACUGUUCAAGAUGAUAAUACCUCUUUCAUCUUCAACUUAAACGCUACUGCUUAA